UCGAUGGAACGAUCCAAAGUUUGCCAAAUACAUGCGCAUGGAUUAGCUAUCUAGAUUGAUGCAGUCUGAACCUCAGAUGAUCAUCUCUGUUAUGUCGGCGGUUUGCACGGGUGAAGACGGAUCUUCUCGGACUGGCAUGCUGUAAACAGAGACUUGGAGGUGACGUGUGGCUGAGCUCCUGGAUGACAGCAGGAUAACUUCGACUCAGCUGGUUUGAACAUAGACAGGGUCACUCAGCAUGGCUUUGCCCCCUUUGUCAUUCUCUGUACGGGCUCUGCUGCUCUCCGUGACCCGUGGAGGUGUUUUCUCUCCACGUGGCUCCACACGGUCCUACUGGAAACACGGUGACCCCACGGAGGAGAGGGGGGGCAACGUCCGGGUGGUGGACCUCCGGAGCGACACGGUGACCCGACCAGGGCCGGCGAUGCGCCGUGCCAUGGCAGAGGCCGAGGUCGGGGACGAUGUGAUGGGGGAAGACCCGACAGUGAACGAGCUGCAGAAAAUGGCAGCUGAUAUGUUUGGGAUGGAGGCAGCUCUGUUUGUCCCAUCUGGAACCAUGGGCAACCUCAUUGCAGUGAUGGUGCACUGCAGGGAGAGGGGCGAUGAGAUGAUUGUGGGCGAUCUGUCCCACAUACACAUCUAUGAACAAGGAGGCUGUGCCCAGCUGGCUGGUGUCCACGCCACCACGGUGACCAACCUGCCUGAUGGGACAUUUGACCUGAAGCAAUUGGAGUCGAAGAUCCGCCACGGUUACCCCGACCCCCACUACCCCCGCUCACGCCUCAUAUGUGUGGAGAACACACACAACAUACAGGGAGGCCGCGUUCUGCCUCUGCCCUUCCUGCAGGAGGUGCGAGCUAUUGCUGACAAAUACAACUUGGCGGUUCACAUGGAUGGAGCCCGGGUGAUGAACUCCGCCAUAGCCCAGGGAGUGUCUCCAUCCACCAUACUGCAGCACACACACACCGCCAGUGUGUGCUUAUCCAAGGGUUUGGGAGCCCCUGUGGGGUCCAUACUCGCUGGGCCGCGAGACUUCAUAUCCCGGGCGCUGCGGUGCCGUAAAGCCCUGGGUGGCGGGAUGCGGCAGGCUGGAAUACUGGCAGCAGCGGGCAAAGUGUCCUUAGGGAAGAUGGUGGGGAGACUGCAGGAGGACCACCACAAUGCAAAGACCUUCGCUCAAGCUCUCCUGCAGUGUGACCCUCCUCUGUGCACUGUGGACAUGUCCACUGUGGAGACGAACAUCCUGCGUUUCCUUGUGCAGGACCCCAGGCUGAGUCCCGCAGAGCUGUGUGAACGCAUGGCCCAGGUUGGCGAGGGAGAGGAGGCCGCGCUGGGACAGGGGGUACGAGUUCUCAUGUUCCCUCAUUUUGCAAACUCGGUGCGGGCAGUGUGGCACCUUGGGAUCUCUGUGGAGGACACCCAGCUCGCCAUCCAGAAACUACAGUUUGUGGCUCGUCAGUUUUCACGUGAAAAGCGUUAAGGGGCCCGUCAACAAAAGCCUGACGCUGCUUAAGACAUGUGAUCAUGAAAAAAAAAAGUUACAGAUCUAGAAACACUCAGGAAUCUGAAAGACAGGCAACACAGCUAGUGGCCACUUUAACUCUAAUUCAGUUGUAUAAUUUUAAUUCAUUAAAUCUUACAAACUAUG